AUGUCCCGCCGACCACCGCCCCGCGAAUACUACGACGAAGAUGAGAUAUACGAGAUGGAACGAGAGCGCGAGCGAGAACACAGACCGCGUCGACGAGAUCGAGAUUUCGAAGAAGAUGACUACCGUCGCAGGAGGUCCGAGGCUCUAUCUGAGGAUAUGGAGCGCAUGCAUAUCCGCGAGCGCCCUAGGCGAGACUUUAUGGAAGAAAGUUUUGUGCCUCGGGAGCGCGAGGAUAUGGUUCUUAGGCGGUCGAGGGACGAAAGGGAUGUAGUCUCACCUGAGGGACCGCCUCUGGACCGCGAUGAAAUGUACAUGCGGCCGCCUGGAUCUCGGCGAAGACAUCGUCCUCGUGAAAUGGACGAGGAGGAUGUCAUUUUUGAGGAACGUGAGAGACAUCGGGGAAGUCGGCGACAUCCGCGAGACAUUGAGGAGGACUUGGUUAUGGAGGAGAGAGAAAGGCAUGGAGAUCGGAGACAUCGCCGUGAAAGAGAGCGGGAUGUUGAUGAGGAUCUUAUCAUUGAUGAACGGGAAAGACGGGAAAGACGCCGAGAAAGGAAGUACCGCCCUGAGCGAGUUCCUGAAGAUUUUAUCGUGGACGAAAGAGAAGGCGAAAGAGAAGGCGAUAGGAGGCGUCGCUUAGACCCACGAUUUGAGGACGAUGAAGUUCCUGUCGAGCGCGAAAGCCGCCGAGGAAGUAGGCGCCAUCCCCGGGAAUUCGAAGAAGAUGAGAUGAUCGUUGAAGAUAGAGUCCACAGAGGAAGCAGACGUUAUCCAGAACGGAGGUCUGAAGAUGAUCUUCUCUUUGAGGAUAGAGAAAGACGUCACCGCAGGCGACGUCCAGAGCGGGAGGUCGAGGAGGAGGAAAUGCUUAUCCGACGGAGAGAAAGAGAUGAGCCUCCUCUACGUCGUGGAUGGGACAGCGAACUCGAUAUUCGAUCUCGUGAGCGGAGGUUAGAAUUCGAGGAAGAAGAGACAUACCAUCGAUCACGGUCGCGGUCGCGACCCCCGCCUCCCCGGAGGGUCCACGUAGAGGAGGUUGUUCUUGAUGAUCCGGCUUCAAAGCGACACCGUGGCCCAAUCGAGCGCCCAGAGCGAGAAUUUGAAGACGAAGAUGUGCUCAUCCGGUGGAAGGGCAAAGGGCCACGGCCCAUCGAUCCUAGAGCUGAGGAAGAGCUCGUCUUACGCGGACGACGCGAGAAGCGACGAAGUGUGCCUUCGGAGGAUCUCGAACGUGAAUUGAGAGGCCUUCGCCGAGAGGUAAGGGAAGAGCCUCCACUAGACGAAGGGAUUAGUACUCGCUCGCAGUUUGACCCCAAGUCAACCACUCGAGAUUUGGAAGACGUCGAGGAAAAGAUCAGUAUUCGGAAAGCAAAGGAGAAGCUUCCAUCCCGCGCGCCUUCACCUUCUUUGGAAUCCAUACAUGUACUUCCAAUCCACCAGGAUGUGUAUACCACCCACAGACACAUCGACCAUGAGGAAGACAUACUUCUCAAACACAGUGAUAGCGAAGACUCUCUCACUCCCGAAGACUCGAUUUCUCCCACUAGCGGCCCAUCUAUGGAUUUUCAUGACCCAUGGGAUGGGGCAACGAGAUCUAGACAUCGUCGCCGGCCCAAGCCACUGGAUGAUGAAAGCGAAAUAACUUAUAGGGAGGAAAUCAACGCUUUGCCCUCAAAGCGUGAAGUGGAAGAGGUAAUAGAAAUCGAGGAUGCCCGGAUCGUGGAGAAGGCUCCUCAAAGUACAGAUGACUGGUCGGUGGUACAUGCUCCUUCCAAGACCGAGGCCAUUGAGAUGACUGGUGCGCUGGAUGUUCUUGAGGUUCAACCCCGACAUGCACCAGUCGACGAAGUCAAAGUGGGACGGGUUGCCCAACAAGUCACAGAACCGAAGGAACCACGAAAUGAUCGAUGGACCGAGAUCGCCAAGAGAUUGGUAGUGAGGGAAGCAAUCGAAGAGAUGGGCUUCGAGUAUGAAGAGACGAGGACGUGUUAUUACAUCUUCUCAUACCUUAAGCCGGAGGAUAUUGAUGAGCUUGUUGAACUAUCAGAUGAGAUCCGGAGUGAUCGGCGCCGACGCAUUCGUGAUAUCCAGCGCGAGCGUGCUUACGUCCCUCCUAUCGCUGUGCCUGCUCCUAUGGCACCUCGCAUGAGACCUCGUGUGGGAAUCCCCCCACGGGCACGGAUGGUAGAGAAGCGCAUGCAAGAUCUCAGAGAUCGAGAAUGGAUGAUGGAACGGCGAUGA